AUGGCAACUGGAAGUCUUGUCAAGAAGUUCUGUGAGGAAACAACUUGUUCAAUCUGCCUGGAAUACUUCAAAGACCCAGUGACCAUUGAUUGUGGGCACAAUUUCUGCCAAGCCUGCCUCACUCAGUACUGGGGAAAGUCUGUCACAGGCCCUUCCUGCCCGCAGUGCCGAGUUUUCCAGCAGAAGAACUUCAGGCCAAACCGGCAGCUGGCGAACCUUGUGGAACUUGUCAGGGAACUUCAGGUGGGAAAAGGAGCGGAGGGGGGGCGAGGAGGGUGCGAGAGGCACCGGGAGCCCCUGAAGCUCUUCUGCGUUAGUGACCAAGCUCCCAUCUGCAUGGUGUGUGACCGAUCCAUGGAGCAUCGAAACCACAGAGUGCUUCCAAUGGAGGAGGCCUUCCUCGAGUAUAAGAUAGAGAUCCAGGCUGAGCUGCAGUCUCUGGAGCAAGAGAGGAGAAAGCUUCAGGAACAAAAAAGGGGUGAUGAUCAGAGAAGCCAAAAUUUUUUGACACAGUUAGAAGCGGAGAAAAAGAAGACCAAGUCAGCCUUUCAGCAGUUGCACACUUACCUUGAGAAGGAAGAGCACCUCAGGCUAUCCCUGCUGGAAGAGAUGGAGAAGGAGAUGGCAAAGAGGGACAAUAAAACCCACACCAGAUUCUCAGAGGAGGUUUCCUAUCUAAGUGGCCUGAUCACAGAGAUGGGGGGAAAGUUCCAGCAGUCAGAAAAUGAAUUUUUACAGGAUCCCAAAACUAUCCUCAGCAGAUAUGUGAAGAAGCCAGAGAAAAAGCUGCUGGGACCCCCUCUGGAGCUGGAGGAGGCUCUCAGCACUUACUCUCAGGAAACUUGUGCCUUGGAAGACGCUCUGGCCAAAUGUCAAGUGAAUGUGACUUUGGAUCUGAAGACAGCACAUCCCGAACUCCUCGUGUCUUCAAAUAUGAAGAGUGUGACAUGGGGAAGCAACAGAGGAAACUUUCCUGACAACCCUGAGCAAUUUGAUACCCUACGGAGUGUGCUGGGCCACCGCAUGGGGGAGGCGCGAGGGAAUGGCCUGCUGCCGCCUCUCCGCGUGGCCACCCCCAGUGCCUUUCCAGGCGGCUGGGCGGAGCCAGCGCAUAUCAGCCUGGGCCUCCUCUUUGCUGGUAGCGCCUGGCUGCCGCGCUCAGCAGCAGUGCCAUGGCCCCGUCUGGGGCCUGCAGGCCGAGUGAGGAUGUCUGGCCAGUGGGUCACCCGGCCCGGGCUGGAAGGUAACUGA